AUGAGAUCAAUUCUCGUCUGGUCUCUCUCGUUGUUUGGAUUUGUCUUUAUCACUACCAGUCAAGGUAGCAAAAAACCGGCACCUGAUCAAGUCCCAUUGGUCACAAUUCCUUAUGCUCAACGGAACAUCACUAUCUAUACUUCAGCGAGUAAUCCAAGUCGCGAACCAAAAACAUGGCUCUUCUGGUAUGAUCCGGUGGUUGUGUUCGAUUCAGCAAAGGAUAUUUAUCAAUAUAACGAACAAGUUCGUUUUCAAUUCUCAAUUGCUUCAUCAGAAUUCGAACAGAUUGCUCGAAAAACGAUCAUUACGAAAAUGCAUCCGGAUGUUGGACAAUUCGCUGUCUUUUGGAUCAUUGAACCAUUACCAGUCGAUACUUUAACGAUUUAUUUGGUCGAUCAAACUGCUAUACCUGUACCUGCUGCGUAUCCUUGUACAAAACAUCAUUUAUCUGGCAUCUUGACCUCUGAAUGUCAAUUUAUAUGUCCAUCGAUGAUGAUUGCCAGUUCCAUCGCACAAAAUCUUCUUUGUGGUAAAAUUAAAUUUCAAUUGGAAUAUUACAUUCAAUCACAAACCAACUCGAUUACCAUCCCACCACGAACAGCAACCAUUUUUAACUUGCACAGUUUACGAACGCAAUUUCGUCCGGGAAAGUAUAUUCAUCCGAAACAAGAGGGUCAAUUUGUCUCGCAAUAUUUCAUUCAGACACAAGCAAUUGAUGAAACAAUAAAAGAAAGUGAAUUACAAGGUUUAUUCCAACUAGCUACGAAUACAUCGACACGCUAUGAUUUGACUUAUCCGAAUGACUUCUGGUCAUUAGACAAUCUCGAGACACUAAUUAAUCAAGAGUUGUUUUACGUGAGUUAUUCUAUAACGAAUAAGAUCGCAUUUCACUUGAAGAAUACGGAAUCGCCAUGGGCGCUGAAAUCGCCAGAUAGACAAACAUUCAAUAAAAGUGAAAUUCAAGAAAUGUUUCUCGAACAAGAUCAACUCGUUGUUGAAUGGUCAUCAGUUGAUAAUCUAUGGAAAAUCAAAUCAUUAUCAGCUCGAGCUGUAUCAGAUAUUUUAGACACGCUACAAUUGAGUGUUAUCAGUAAACAGUAUGAUAUUGACAGAAUCAAUGCAAGCUAUCAUCGAACGAUUGAUUGUUCGGAUUGGUCAGGAACAUGUUCAUGUCAAUCGACUUCAUCAGCAAUGGUCUUUACCGUCAAUACCCAAUUUGUUCGCAUACCAGAUGUGAGUAUGGACUUUACCACCACGGGUUUUACUAUUGACUUUUGGGUGAGACCGCAUGUAUUACCAGAUGGUGAUACGCCUGUACAGCUGAUUAAUUUUCGUGGGGAAUACCUGAUUACUUACCAGCCCAAAGGUGAAAUUACGUUUUCGAUAAUAAAUAAACGGCAUCCACAUUUUUAUACGACAACAUUACAAGCAAUACCAAUGGAUCAAUGGACGCAUAUUGCGUGCGUUUUCGUAUCGAUUGAUAAUCAAUUACGACUAUACAUCAAUGGCGAAUUUGUUUCAAGCAUAAUUUUAUCAAUCAAAUCACAGAAAUUAACAGAUGAUAUUAUUAUCGGACAACAAUUCAUAGGUGCAGUAAGAGACGUACGUCUUUGGGGGUGCUCAAAUACACCAGAACAGAUUCGUUUAUCGAUGCAAACAAGUUCUUUGUUGGGAAAUGAAACUUGUCUUGUUGGUCUAUGGCCAAUGGGUGAUGCAGUUGGACAAACUGUGCUCGAUCUGUCGGUGAAUGGUGCUCCGCAUCCUGGAACCUUGGGUCCCGAUGAUAAUAUAAAUUUAAUCAACGAUCCAAUAUGGGCAUAUGUUUUAUCGAAGCCUCCAACACCACCACCGCCUCGUAUAGUGUCAUAUCAAAUCUUUCGGGAGAAUAUCACCUUCCCUUUGGUGGCACAAUGGGGAUCGAUUUUCGAUUUACCGGUACCAGCGGACUACGACGGUGAUGGUUUUGCAGAUUUUGCUGUCUACCGAAGAACAACAAUGACUUGGUUCGUUUCAUCAAGUAAUAAUCCCAAUGUUCUCAUAACGAAAUUUUGGGGAAUACCAGGUGAUAUACCCGUUCGAGCUAAUUUCGAUGGUGAUGCAUUCUUCGACUUUACUGUCUUUCGUCCAGCAACUGCUCAAUGGAUAUCUCAUCUAAGUAGUAAUCCGGGCUUUCAGUAUAUUCAUAAAUGGGGCAAACCAGGUGACGCCCCUUGUCCUGGUGAUUUCGAUGGUGAUGGUAAAACAGAUUUUGUAGUUUAUCGCAAAGGUGCUUAUUAUAUCAAUCCAUCCUCAGAUCCGACCAUUCAGUGGACGAAACAAUGGGGUCAACCGGGUGAUAUUUGUGUGUCCAAUUGUGAUUUUGAUGCUGAUGGUGUCACCGACUUUACAGUAUGGACGCCAAGUACUGCUAUUUGGUCUUGGAUUCCAAGUAAACGACCUUGGUUAAUCUAUCAAAAACAAUGGGGUAGCCGAUACGAUUUUCCUCUGUGUGGUGAUUUUGAUGGAGAUCGUCGACGAGAUUUUGCUGUGUACCGAAAUUGGACUGGAGAAUGGUUUGUAAUACCAUAUCGUGUUUCGUCAUUCGUUAUUACAUUUCGGUGGGGCUUUCCAACGGAUAUUCCAGUCAUGGGUGAUUAUGAUGGUGACGGAUUCGCUGAUUUCGCGCAUUGGCGCCCAAGAGCAAAUAAAACCUGGGUAUGGGAUGUUAUACCAAGUUUGAUGCCGGUUACCAGACUGCGCAAAGCUUGGGGAAUAGCCGGUGACCAACCUGUUGUCGGAGAUUUCGAUGGAGACAAAAGAACUGACUUUACUGUAUGGAGGCCAACGAAUGGAUUUUGGUAUAUUCUAUACAUAGGUAAGCCUGGCAUCCAAAUGAUCAAACAUUGGGGAUUUACAGUCAAUGAUUCUGCUCUGGCGGGUGACUGGGAUGGUGAUCUUCUAACUGAUUUCACCAUUUACCGACAAUCGACUGGUUACUGGUAUAUUAUGCUUCAAAGAAAUCCUAUUCUUCAAAUUUUCAUGCAAUGGGGUGUACCAAUCUAUAAAGAUAUUGCUGUACCAGGUGACUUCGACGGUGAUUUAAAGUACGAUUUUGUUGUUUGGCGACCAUCAAAUGGUGUUUGGUACAUACUGCCAUCAACAAAUCCUGCAAGUAUCGUCAUCGCUCAAUGGGGGUUACCUACAGAUAUUCCAGUUGCAGCAGUAGACGCUGAUGGUGAUGGAAAGGCAGAUUUAACAGUGUAUCGUCCAUCAACUGGAUCUUGGUAUAUCUUACCUUCAAGCAAUCCUGUCUAUCCAUAUUUUGGUCCAUAUAUUAUCCAACAGCCAAAAUUACCCUUGCCACCACUCACAGGAGGACCACCUGCCGUCGCUGUACCACCUGCACCCGCAGCAGCGGCACCAGCAACUGUGGGUGCGGUUCCACCGCCUGCUGCUGCAGCUACGCCAUAA